UAUUGUCUGCACGUGCGCAGGAACGACAGAGUGCAAGCAGCAGGCCAUCAUGUCGGAUGUAGAAGACAAAGACGUGGGGUCCGAGGAUGCAGCGCCAGACGUUCACGAGGAUGGUAAAAAAUCGGAGACAGCGUUGCGCUACACCCUCACAAAACCACCUCCGGUUCUUUUCACCCUCGGAGCAGCUUUACAGCAUAUUUUGAUGUGCGUUCCUACAUUUCUGCUGGGGAGUUUCCUUGCCGCUGAUAUAGUGGGCGCGGAACAUGACAGUCUUAUUAGAACCAAACUCUUUUCCACCGUAAUAUUUACAUCGGGCGCCUGUACCCUGCUUCAGACAGCACUAGGUGCCAGGCUGCCGAUGAUCCAGGGUCCGGCGACAGCAUUUCUACUUGUCCUGCUGACAGUCCAGAGAAGUAGGGAAUGGACUUGUAAAGAUAGCAGCACAGGCUACAACAGCACAGACUACAACAACACAGACUACAACAACACAUACUACAACAUCACCGACGAUGGUUACAACACCACCUCAACUCCAGAUACUGUUCCAAUGGGCGACUUGCCGACCUGUUUGAGUCCCGAAGACAAACUGAGAGAAGUAUCUGGAAGUUUAAUGGCUGCCUCGUGUGUUGAGAUCCUCAUUGGUGGGACAGGACUUGUAGGUCUUCUAAUGAAAUUUGUAGGACCAGUUACAGUGGCCCCUACCAUUGCUCUGGUAGGACUGAGUGUGUACAAGGUGCUCAUUGCCUACUCACGGUCGUCAUGGGAACUAUCCUUACUAGGUGUUGUGCUUGUCGUGCUGUUUGCGUUGUACCUUGGCCAUAUCGCCGUGCCCUUCCCCACACGGAGCGCAUGUAGCGCACAACACAGAAGGAGAAAGAGCAAGACUCAUGGCUUGCUCAUCUUUCAGCUACUUCCGGUCCUCCUCAGCAUCCUCGUAGUGUGGGCCGUAUCUGGAAUCCUAACAAACGCAAACGUGUUCCCUACAGACCCCGCCAAUCCAAGGUUCAGGGCCAGGACAGAUGCCAAAUCCACGAUGUUACAUCGCACGCCUUGGUUUUACGUCCCCCACCCAGGUCAGUUUGGAAUGCCGUCGUUUAACAUAGGACUGUUUAUAGGAUUCAUAGCAGCGUUCCUUGCCUCCAUUAUUGAGUCUGUCGGGGACUACUUUGCUGCGGCCAAAGCUUGCGAAGUCACCACUCCACCGAAACACGCCAUCAACAGGGGGAUAUUUAUAGAAGGGCUUGGGGGACUACUUUCUGGAACGGUGGGAUUUGGCCUCUCUACAACUUCGUACACACCCAACAUUGCUGCUAUGACUCUGACUAAAACAGCUCACCGCUACAUCAUGUACAGUGCCGGUGCCAUUAUGCUGGUACUGUCGGUCGUGGGGAAGGUCGGCGCUGCCCUUGCCACAAUACCGGACCCAGCUCUUGUCGGUUCUAUGGUAGCGGUAUGUGGCAUGAUGGUCACUCUCGGACUCUCUUCGUUACAGUUCGUCAAUAUGAACUCUUCCAGGAACCUCCUCAUCGUUGGGAUGGCUCUGUUCAUUGGCAUAUUUUUGCCAGAGUGGUUAGAGAGACACCCUGAGGACUUCGAAACAGGGGUCAAGGACCUUGAUAAAAUUCUGCAAAUUAUUCUCGGAAGUCCAAUGCUUCUUGGUGGCCUCAUCGCCAUCUUCCUGGAUAACACCACAAAAGGAUCAAGGAAAGACCGAGGUAUUGACGCUUGGCAGAAUCGUCUGGGGACUGACGCCACCAACACCAGCAUCACACAGAAGCCCAUGGAGUCGUCAUCAGACAAUACGUAUGGAUGGUUCUGGCAAGGUCGACUGUAUCAGUACCUGCCCUGCUGUUCACGGCUCCCCUUCAUGCCUCCAGGGACAGGGUUAGACCGUACCCCCACGUCAUUAUCCCAACCAAUUGGGACGCCAGAUAAUGUCAGAUCCCUCUUGGGAAACUCUCGUGUGUAGUUCCUCUUAGGAAAUACCUAAGGUAUAAAUACCUUGAAUGGUAUUCUUCUGUGACCAAUGACGUUUGUGUUAUUAUUUUAUUUAUUCAACGCAUGUUUGGGGAAUACGUGUAUAAUGACUUUCUGUUAAUUUCCACGCAUGUGCUUUUAUCUGACCUGGACACAUUUAGUUAUCGAUUUUCCAAUGCAAUAAAAUCUUGCCAACAGAUGUGCUUUCUGUUUUCCAACGUUACCGAAAUAUGUCAUAUCCUGAGAACAUUUUUACCUUUUUUGUUGUUGUACAUUACCGUCUCUCAUAAAUUCAUUAAUA